UUGUUGUCACUUGUGGUCCGUCCGUUCAGCGAGAAGAGCCCCAUCAGGUUCGGUAUGUCAUCUGGAAAUAGAUUUACGACCGUAACUGACCAUAAUUUCUCCCGAUUUCGAUGUGUUUUAUCGUGCCUGUGAUUUCAACCAAGUGAAUUAUUUUGCAUCAUUUUCAUUUCUACGUUUUUUUAUGAAUUUAAUGUGAAAAAAUAUCUACCUAGAUACACGAAAGCCACAUUGAAGAAAAGUCAAAAGUGAAUCAAAAACCUGUUGUUUCAAAAAUUUUCCAUUGCGUUCUGCUUUGAGAGAGUGGCUGCCAGUGAAUGUGAUCAUGCCGGAGAUCAAAAUUACGCCUCUAGGGGCAGGUCAGGAUGUGGGAAGGAGCUGCAUUUUGCUGUCGAUGGGUGGCAAGAACAUUAUGCUCGACUGUGGCAUGCACAUGGGAUAUAACGAUGAACGGCGCUUCCCGGACUUCUCCUUCAUAGUUCCAGAAGGACCAAUUACAAACCACAUUGACUGCGUCAUAAUUUCGCACUUCCAUCUGGACCACUGCGGGGCGCUCCCAUACAUGACGGAAAUGGUCGGCUACACGGGACCGAUCUACAUGACCCACCCGACGAAAGCUAUUGCUCCGAUCUUGCUGGAAGACAUGCGAAAAGUGGCCGUGGAGAGAAAAGGCGAGAGCAACUUCUUCACUACCCAAAUGAUCAAGGAUUGUAUGAAGAAAGUGAUCGCCGUUACACUGCACCAGAGCGUUAUGGUGGACAGUGAGCUGGAAAUCAAAGCGUACUACGCGGGACACGUCCUGGGGGCGGCUAUGUUUUGGAUUAAAGUCGGUUCCCAAUCGGUCGUGUACACCGGUGAUUACAAUAUGACUCCGGAUCGACAUUUGGGAGCGGCAUGGAUCGAUAAAUGCAAGCCCGAUUUGCUGAUAACGGAGAGUACGUAUGCCACCACAAUCCGAGACUCUAAGCGAUGCCGAGAACGAGACUUUUUGAAAAAGGUACACGAAUGUGUUGCUAAAGGAGGGAAGGUGCUGAUUCCGGUUUUUGCAUUAGGACGAGCCCAGGAGUUAUGCAUUUUAUUGGAAACCUACUGGGAACGAAUGAACCUCAAAUACCCGAUUUAUUUUGCUGUGGGAUUGACAGAGAAGGCCAAUAACUAUUACAAAAUGUUUAUUACUUGGACUAAUCAGAAGAUCCGUAAAACUUUCGUACACCGCAAUAUGUUUGAAUUUAAGCAUAUCAAACCAUUCGACAAGGGUUACAUUGAUAAUCCGGGUGCAAUGGUAGUCUUUGCAACACCCGGAAUGCUCCACGCCGGCCUCUCGCUGCAGAUUUUUAAGAAGUGGGCGCCGAAUGAGAAUAAUAUGGUGAUUAUGCCCGGAUAUUGCGUUCAGGGAACGGUUGGACAUAAGAUUCUGGGAGGUGCUAAAAAGGUUGAGUUUGAAAAUCGUCAGGUGGUUGAAGUGAAAAUGUCUGUUGAAUACAUGAGCUUCAGUGCACAUGCCGAUGCAAAGGGGAUCAUGCAGCUCAUCCAAUAUUGUGAACCUAUGAACGUGAUGCUGGUUCACGGAGAAGCGGUGAAGAUGGAAUUUUUGAAGGAAAAAAUUAAAGAGGAAUUUCACAUCGAAUGUUACACACCGGCGAAUGGCGAAACCUGUGUGAUAAGUACACCGAUCAAGAUUCCAGUUGAAGCCUCGCUGUCUAUUCUGAAGGACGAAGCCAAAAAGUAUAGUGCAGAGCCACCAGAUCCAAAAAGGAGGCGUUUCAUUCACGGCAUGCUGGUAAUGAAAGAUAACAAAAUCUCACUGAUGAGCAUCGAUGAAAUCUUCAACGAAGGUGGAGUUAAUCGCCAUGUUAUCAAGUUCAUUUCGAAAGUCAAAGUCGCCGAUCCAGGCCCUAUCUUGCGGACAGUUGAGAAGUUGUACAAUCUGCUGAACGAGCGACUGUCGGGAUGGACCGUCACGAUGAACGAGAACGGCACGAUCAACGUGGAAUCGGUCAAUAUCGCAAUCGAAGGUGACGAAUCCAUCGCUGGAACAUCAGGAUCAGCUUCCGUUCCUCCACCUCCACCGAACGCUGCAAGUCCAAAUAAAAUUUGCAGCGUGUCGUGGAUUAACCAGGAUGAGGACUUGGGCAGCUACAUUCUUGGUUUACUGCAAAGUCUGUAAGGCUUUCUGUUCGGAACAACGUUAGUACCUAUAGCAUAUUUUUUGUAAGAUUCUUUAUUUCUCUAAGAUACAAAAAUAAAAUAAAACAUUUUGCAAACACGGCAUAUUUCGUGAAAAUGAA